AUGCAUGUUUUCCGUGUUAUGAAUUCCGAGAUAUUUUUAGACAAGGUUAUAUUUGGGGACUUGGCAGCGACGGAACAUCUCCAGAUGACAAAUAGUCAGGGACAGACUCCUCAUGGUAUUGCGGGCGCAUCGGGCUCUCAGAUCCCGACGGUUCAUUCUCUAAAGUUACCCACACCUACAGUAUCUACUGUAUCACCAACAGUACCAUCUGCGAUAUACUCGGCCCCUCCACCAGUAGUGUCUGCUACUACAUACCCGACACCACCACCACCUGUGCCUGCUACGACGUAUCCGGCACCAACAUCACCAGUUACACCUAUGCCUACUACAUACUCGGCACUCGCACCAACAGUACCAGUUGCUCCUUAUCCGGUACCACCACCUACCAUACCUCCAGCUGCUCCUGCAUAUAUUGAUCCUGCAGUGCCACCAGCGGUACCUACCCCGGCUUAUGCAACAGCACUAGGGGUACCUCCCCCGACCUAUCUAGCGGUACCACUUAUAGUACUAGCUCCAGUGGUUCUGCCAGUUCCAGCGGCGAUCCCUACUCACCCUACUGAUAUGGUUGCAGCACGAGCUUAG